AUGUUAAAUCCUAACGGUCCUGUACAUCCGCAUACCAAUGCAGUAGCCGAUGCUGACGGUACUCCGAAUUCAAGUGGUCAUGAUACAGAUAAUAAUAAUAAUAACAAUAACAAUAGCAAUAGCAUCAACGAGACCACAACCGGAAAUACCUUGGGUUUUGACUAUGCCAAUUGGGAAGAUGCUGCCGAAGAUUUCAACUUCUUGGGCGAGUCUGCCAGUCUUCCCAUUGAUUCUACAACAGGAACUGUCACCACUGCAGCUACGGCGGGGUUUUCGCCAGUGAAUACGACUACAAAUACAGCUGCUUCUCCUACAGAUUAUGCUCUGCAGCUUCAGCAAUAUCAGAAUAUGCUGAUAGAGACUCAAAAUAUCGCAGGCUUUAAGCAGCAGAUGUCUUCUCAUCGUGGUAAAAAUAUAGGACAGUCAGGGUCUACUGGAAGUCCCGGAACUCCUGCCUCUGCUGCCGAGCUUGUCUCUAUGGGAGCUUCUACUAAUGAGGAUGAGCGGCAUUCUGCAAAGACAGCCGCAAUAAGCUCUACGAUACCUGUGCGAAUGUCAAUAUCGAACAAUAAGCAACAGCGGUUGUUGGACCCUAGAGAUCAGACAGCAGUGACUUUUUCACAGGCAAGCCAGGCUCACGAUCAUACUCAGAAUGGUUCGUUGCCACCACAGCAGUCUCCUUACACCCAGAUCCCCUACGCAGUAUCACCUUCACCUAUGACUCCCUUUGUUCAAGCCUAUACGGGAUCUCCAAAUUCCCUGAUGAGUCAACCUUCAGGUCCAUAUCAACAACAGCUGGCUCUGCAGAUGGCUCAAAUGACUGCCGCCAGUCAGCAGCAGAUUCUUCGUUCUUCUUAUAACACUACGUCUCCGGGUAGUUCAUCCAAUCUAUCUAUGACCAACACAGGUUUGCGUGGUGGUAGAGGAACAUUUCGCAAGCAUCGUGAACCUCCUCAACCUCGAACAAAAGUGAGGCCCUGUGAUCACUGUCGAAGAAGGAAGACAAAAUGUGUAAUGAUUCCAGAGAUCAACUCCUGUAAGAUGUGCCAGGCCAAAGGCUUAAAGUGCACCUUUACAGAAUCGAGCUCGUCUCUUAAGCGUGGGCUUUCUAGCUCUGAGACAACCUCCAAGCGAAUGCGCAUCGAAGACCCUACUAUCCAGCCACCACCUAAUAUCCCUGUAAGAGAUGUCCAUCCGAUACGGGACUAUGCUACUAUGCCAGGGAGGUCAUUACUCAAGAAAACACUCAGUCUCCAGUAUCCACGGUCGAGUUUCUAUGUUGGUACUACGGCCAUUUAUGAUCCAAUCUUCUUAGAAAGGAUAUCUUUGGACAAGAUAGAUCAAUUUACCCUUGACAAAACAAAUUCAAUAAGGAAGGUGUCAGACACCGUUCAGUUUGUACUACGAGACGAUUUCAGCGAAGCUUUGUAUGAGAAAUCUGAACGUGAUGCGGAUAUAGUAGAGAGGUAUGUUGCUCCGCAUGGACAGGCUCUUAUUGACCUGUAUUUUCGUACUGUUCAUCCUUCAUUUCCCGUUUUGCACAAGAAGAUCUUUCUUGAAAAGUAUUCGAGAACUCACAGAGAGUUUGGUGCACCCCUUCUUGCUGCGGUAUAUCUUUUGGCCAUUCAGUGGUGGGAUUACGAUCCAACAUUGUCCCAGUUUCCUAAACCUAACGUGGAAUCGUUGCACAGAUUUGCCAUUCGCUCAUUUGGCGAUGUCAUACACCGUCCAAAGUUGAGUGCCGUUCAAGCAGGAUUGCUUUUACUUCAAUGUCGGACACCAGACACGUCGGACAAGAACUGGCUGCUUUGUUCCCAGGUCGUUGCACUAGCAGAAGACCUUGGAUUAGGUUUAGAAUGCGGUAAUUGGAGAUUACCGCGAUGGGAAAGGGGCUUAAGACGUCGACUUGCCUGGGCAGUAUAUGUUCAGGACAAAUGGUCGUCGCUGUUGGAAGCUAGACCUAGCCAUAUCAUUGAAGGUAAAAACUGGUUGGUUAAGAAGGUGAGUGAUGAGGACUUUCCUGAGAAAGGUAAUGAUCUCGACAGCAUGAAGGCUGGAUCAGCGGAUGUCGAAAACGGUAAGAAGUCAUUUAAACAGAUGAUUUCACUUAGUGAUAUUCUCAGCCAGAUAUUGGACACUUUUUAUACACCUUCUGGUAUGGAGCAGAUCAGGAGUAUUGACAAAGUUCUUUCCAAUGCUAAACCACUUCAGUUGAAGCUUCGCAACUGGUACCAUUCGCUUCCCAAAGAGCUGCAGAUGAGCUCUUUGAAGCCUCGUCAGUUCAACAAUAAUGGAACUCUUCAGUUAUCCUACUUUGCUACAGAGAUUACAUUACAUCGCCGUAUCAUUUGUGUCUUGUAUCAACAGUCAGACCCUGCGCCGUCGCAGGAACUUGUACGGGUUUGCCGUAAUGCUGCACACACCAGACUAAUCGCGUCGAUUGAGUUUGCGCGUGACUUGAAGGCUGAACAUAUGCAGGCCUUCUGGUACUCAUCCGCAGUGAACAAUUUUGCACUGAUCGGAGUAUUUGCUGCUCUUUUGUAUGUGACUUCGGGUUCUACCAGCGAAGCUGCUAGUUACAAGGAGCAGCUUUUUGAUUAUCGAUGGAUUCUCAAAGUGAACUCUCGAAGCUUUGACAUUGCUAGUCGUGCCUUGGAAAAGAUCGAUGGUUUAUUGAAGAAUAUUCCUGGUCUUUUAAACGAGUAUAAUUCUGCAUCUGCUAUUGCGAGUACUGGAUAUGAAUCGCAUAAAAGAGAAAAGGUAGAAAAGGGUAAAACUACCAGUGCCACUACCACAACCACCGCUGAUAAGCCUUCUUUGACGAGUACUAGUAAGAAGAGUGCCAAGGAGGAAAAACAUAACAAAGAUAAAAGUGAUGGUAAAUUGACAGAUGCAGCGGGAACCAGUUCCAGAGCAAGUGAUGUGGCGACUUCUUUGACUCAUAAAGGUUCCAUUAAGGGUAGUAUAGGUUCACUAUCAAGCUUGCAAAACGGUAAAUCACCGAUUAAGUUGAUGAAACAUGGAAGAUCACAACAGAAUCAGACAGAUUCGGCAGAUGACUCCGAUAAUGCUACCCCUCUACAUGAUGAUAUGGCUACGCCGAUGCAUGCAACUACUCCAGCAUCACAGGGGAGUGCACAAUCAGCCGUCAAAAAGGAAGACACAUUAUAA